GAGAGAGAGAGAGAGCGAGAGAGAGCGAGAGCGAGCAAAGCAUACCAGGCUUCCUCAUCUCCUUCACGUCAGAGGCAGGAACCGACUGUGCGAAGGCUGUUGGCUCAACACGCAGAGACGGCGGAAGGCUCAGACAAGAGAGAGUGGGAGCAGAGGGGUCCUUCCUUACCCAAGGAAUUACCACGAGUGGAGUAAAGCCGCCUGACUUUUUGAUCUUAUUUUGUUUGCCUCCUCUUCCUCCUUCCACUCCAGCCCUGCCAGCUUGGAGCCUCCUCUUCCUCCCAGAAAAGGAGGAAGGGAAGAGAAGGGAGAGAGGUGGGUUCUCUAGGUGAGCGCAUCCGCCGGCUCCAGCCCGCACAGGCAAGGAACCUUUUCUCAGAAAGCUCCUCUCGCUCCCCCAACGCCCACCCCGAGCCUGGUGGCCGUGUCAUCGCAGCGGCACAGAGGCAGGCUCUCCAGGUGUUAGGGUUAAAGACCUGCGGGCAGAGAGAGCAUCGAAGACACCAUCGCUAAAGAUUCCGACAACUCUAUGCUGUGAGCUGCAGGCUGGUCUUGAACCCAGAGCUCUGCACGGAGGAUGGGGGCCGAUGGGGAAACUGUGGUCCUGAAGAACAUGCUCCUUGGCGUCAACCUGAUUCUUCUGGGCUCCAUGCUCAAGCCCACAGAGUGUCAGCUGGAGGUCCCCACGGAGAGGGGCCAGAGACCGGCGGUGGAGGAGGAGGGAGGCGUUGCCAGCUACAACACAUCCGACAAAGAGCCGCCCGUGGUCUUCAACCACGUGUACAACAUCAACGUGCCCCUGGACAGCCUCUGCUCCUCGGGGCUGGAGGCCUCGGCCGAGCAGGAGGUGAGUGCGGAAGACGAGGCACCGGCUGAGUAUCUGGGCCAGACCUCCGACCCGGAGAGCCAGGUCACCGUCACCCACAGGAUCAACCUCCCCAAAAAGGCCUGCCCGUGCGCCGCCAGCUCGGCCCAGGUGCUGCGGGAGCUGCUGAGCCGCAUCGAGAUGCUGGAGAGGGAGGUGUCGGUGCUUCGGGACCAGUGCGGCAGCAGCUGCUGCCAAGAAAGUGCAGCCACAGGACAACUGGACUACCUCCCUCACUGCAGUGGCCACGGCAACUUCAGCCUCGAGUCCUGCGGCUGCAUCUGCAAUGAAGGUUGGUUUGGCAAGAACUGCUCAGAGCCCUCCUGCCCGCUGGGCUGCUCCAGCCGGGGCGUGUGCGUGGAUGGCCAGUGCAUUUGUGACAGCGAAUACAGUGGCGAGGACUGCUCCGAACUCCGGUGCCACACCGACUGCAGCUCCCGGGGGCUCUGUGUGGACGGGGAGUGUGUCUGUGAGGAGCCCUACACUGGCGAGGACUGCAGUGAGCUGAGGUGCCCCGGGGACUGCUCCGGGAAGGGGAGCUGUGCCAAUGGUACCUGUGUGUGCCAGGAGGGCUAUGUGGGCGAGGACUGUGGCCAGCGGCACUGUCUGAAUGCCUGCAGCGGGCGAGGACACUGCCAGGAGGGACUCUGCUUCUGCGAAGAGGGCUACCAGGGCCCCGACUGCUCAGCAGCUGCCCCUCCAGAGGACUUGCGAGUGGCUGGUAUCAGCGACAGGUCCAUUGAGCUGGAAUGGGACGGGCCGAUGGCAGUGACGGAAUAUGUGAUCUCUUACCAGCCGACGGCCCUGGGGGGCCUCCAGCUCCAGCAGCGGGUGCCUGGAGAUUGGCGUGGUGUCACCAUCACAGAGCUGGAGCCAGGUCUCACCUACAACAUCAGCGUCUAUGCUGUCAUUAGCAACAUCCUCAGCCUUCCCAUCACUGCCAAGGUGGCCACCCAUCUCUCCACUCCUCAAGGGCUGCAGUUCAAGACCAUCACAGAGACCACCGUGGAGGUGCAGUGGGAGCCCUUCUCCUUCUCCUUCGACGGGUGGGAGAUCAGCUUUAUUCCAAAGAACAAUGAAGGAGGGGUCAUUGCCCAGCUCCCCAGCGAUGUCACAUCCUUCAACCAGACUGGACUAAAGCCUGGGGAGGAGUACCUUGUCAACGUGGUGGCCCUGAAGGAGCAAGCUCGGAGCCUCCCCAUCUCGGCCAGCGUGGCCACCGUCAUUGACGGGCCCACGCAGAUCCUGGUGCGAGAUGUCUCCGACACCGUGGCCUUUGUGGAGUGGACUCCCCCUCGAGCCAAAGUCGAUUUCAUCCUCCUGAAGUACGGCCUGGUGGGUGGGGAAGGCGGGAAGACCACCUUCCGGCUGCAGCCUCCCCUGAGCCAGUACUCAGUGCAGGCCCUGCGGCCCGGCUCCCGCUACCAGGUGAGCGUCAGUGCCGUCCGUGGGACCAAUGAGAGCGAGGCCUCCACCACCCAGUUCACGACAGAGAUUGACGCCCCCAAAAACCUGCGGGUUGGCUCCCGCACAGCCACCAGCCUGGACCUCGAGUGGGACAACAGUGAGGCAGAGGUUCGGAAGUACAAGGUUGUGUACAGCACCCUGGCAGGCGAGCAGUACCAUGAGCUGCUGGUCCCCAAGAGCUUUGGGCCAACCAGCAGAGCCACCCUCACUGAUCUGAUACCCGGCACUGAGUACGGAUUUGGGAUAUCUGCUGUCAUGGACUCACAGCAAAGCAUACCAGCCACCAUGAACGCCAGGACAGAACUUGACAGUCCGAGAGACCUUAUGGUGACAGCCUCCUCUGAGACCUCCAUCUCCCUCAUCUGGACCAAGGCCAGUGGCCCUAUUGACCACUACCGAAUUACCUUUACCCCAUCCUCUGGGAUCGCCUCAGAAGUCACUGUGCCCAAGGACAGGACCUGGUACACACUGACCGAUCUAGAGCCUGGGGCAGAGUACAUCAUUUCCAUCACCGCUGAGAGGGGUCGGCAGCAGAGCUUGGAGUCCACCGUGGAUGCCUUCACAGGCUUCCGCCCCAUCUCGCAUUUGCACUUUUCUCACGUGACCUCCUCCAGCGUGAACAUCACCUGGAGUGACCCAUCCCCUCCAGCAGACAGACUCAUCCUGAACUACAGCCCCCGGGAUGAAGAGGAAGAGAUGACGGAGGUCUCCCUGGAUGCCACCAAGAGGCACGCUGUCCUGAUGGGCCUGCAGCCGGCCACCGAGUACAUCGUGAACCUGGUGGCCGUCCAUGGCACAGUGACCUCUGAGCCCAUCGUGGGCUCCAUCACCACAGGAAUUGAUCCCCCCAAAGACAUCACAAUUAGCAAUGUGACCAAGGACUCAGUUGUGGUCUCCUGGAGCCCUCCUGUCGCAUCUUUUGAUUACUACCGAGUAUCAUACCGGCCAACCCAAGUGGGGCGGCUGGACAGCUCAGUGGUGCCCAACACUGUGACAGAAUUCACCAUCACCAAGUUGUACCCAGCUACCGAAUACGAAAUCAGCCUUAACAGCGUGCGGGGCAGGGAGGAGAGUGAGCGGGUCUGCACUCUCAUGCACACAGCCAUGGACAACCCUGUGGAUCUGAUUGCUACCAACAUCACUCCCACGGGAGCCCUGCUGCAGUGGAAGGCGCCUGUGGGCGAAGUGGAGAGCUACGUCAUUGUCCUCACACGCUUCUCAGUUGCUGGAGAGACCAUCCUGGUUGAUGGAGACAGUGAGGAGUUCCUGCUCACUGACCUGCUCCCUCGCACCCACUACACUAUCAGCAUGCAUGCCACCAGCGGGCCUCUCACCAGUGGCACCAUCAGCACCAACUUCUCCACACUACUGGACCCUCCUGCAAACCUGACUGCCAGUGAGGUCACCAGACAGAGUGCCCUGAUCUCCUGGCAGCCUCCCAGAGCUGAGGUCGAGAAGUACGUCCUGACCUACAAAUCCACUGACGGAAGCCGCAAGGAGCUGAUCGUGGAUGCAGAGGACACGUGGAUCCGGUUGGAGGGCCUGUCUGAGAGCACAGACUACACAGUGCUCCUGCAGGCGGCCCAGGAUGCCGAGAGGAGCAGCCUCACCUCCACCGCCUUCACCACAGGGGGCCGGGUGUUCCCUCACCCUCAAGACUGUGCCCAGCACCUGAUGAAUGGCGACACUCUGAGUGGGGUCUACACCAUCUUCCUCCACGGAGAGCCCGGCCAGAAGCUUCAAGUGUACUGUGACAUGACCACGGACGGGGGUGGCUGGAUUGUGUUCCAGAGGCGGCAGAAUGGCCAGACCGACUUUUUCCGGAAGUGGGCGGAGUACCGCGCUGGCUUCGGGAACCUGGAGGACGAGUUUUGGCUGGGGCUGGACAACAUACACAGGAUCACGUCCCAGGGCCGCUACGAGCUGCGCGUGGACAUGCGCGACGGCCAGGAGGCCGCCUUCGCUCACUAUGACAAGUUCUCGGUCGAGGACAGCAGGAGCCUGUACAAGCUCCGCAUAGGCGGCUACAAUGGCACUGCAGGGGACUCCCUCAGCUACCACCAGGGACGCCCUUUCUCCACUGCGGACAGAGACAACGACAUCGCCGUUACCAACUGCGCCCUGUCGUACAAGGGGGCGUGGUGGUAUAAGAACUGCCACCGGACCAACCUCAACGGGAAGUACGGGGAGUCCAGGCACAGCCAGGGCAUCAACUGGUACCACUGGAAAGGCCACGAGUUCUCCAUCCCCUUUGUGGAAAUGAAGACGCGCCCCUACAACCACCGGCCCCUGGCGGGGAGGAAGCGGCGGUCCUUGCACUUCUGAGCCGUGGGCGGCCACCGGCCACCUGACCUUUCUGUCAUUUGUUUGUAUUUUAUAAACCAAGCAAGGGGUGGGGGAUCACAGCACUGCGCAUUGCAACGUGUCCUGAGUGUUGAAAGGAAGCAGGGAGUAGCAGGAGUCGGUUGAGAAUUAGCCUAAGGUUCCUGCUGCCCUCGGGCCUGACCCUACUCCAUUCUCCAUCCUCCCCAGCCACCUUAACCGGCCCCUUUUCCCACCCAGGAGGAGAAGGGAGAUGUUUCCCUAAAAGACCAAAUCAAAGGCCAGUGGUGGAGUCAGGUUGCUAUGGUGACGGGCACGCGCCUUCGCCCCUUGCCCUCCCUCGGAGACGCCCUCCCCUUCCCGGCGUGUGUCCCUGGUCACUGCCUCCACGGAAGAAGCCUCCACGAGAGAGUUUGCGAACAACGCCCCCAAGAGGCAGCUUGACCUUGCCAUCGCCAGCCCAAGCCUCUCUCACAGGCCAGAGGUUCUCACCUUCUGACCCUUCCGCCGAGUGGCCCUCUGACCUCUCAAGAGUAGUGACCUUACUUCCAGCCCCAACGGAGCCUGUGCCUGCCCCCUACCCGGAGGCCCCGUGACCCCACAAGCCCAGCCACUGCUUCCGACGAUAGUUCCCAAGGUGCUCGGUGCCCGUGGCUGGCCCGGAGCUGCUCAUGGCUGUGUCCCUGUGGGUCUCUGUGGGAGGGGGAGAGGGAGAGAGUGGCGAGUUUUAGUGCUUUGGGGUCCAGCCUGGAGGAAAGGGAGGAGGAGAAUUCAGGGCCCCUGUCACUGAGAUUCGAGGUCCCAUGGGGAACAUAGGUCUUUAUUUCUGGUCCUCUGUGUCAUGAACAGUUUUUUCUGAGUUGCAAACUGAUUGCUAUCCUUAGCCAGGCUCUCCUUUGUGUGGGAGGCUUAAUGAGAGUCAGAGAAGACGUUAUAUGACCAGCCAGACAUUCUCCUAACUGGUAUUCCCUGGAAGAGGUGGGGUUUGAGGGUUUUGUUCUUGUUUUUUUUCUUUCCCUUUUUUUGGUCCCAUAGAAACAGGAAUGGCCUCCUUAAUGAGGUGAGCUCCUGAGAAGGCUUCUCUACCUUCUUUUAUUUCUCUGCCUUUGAGAGGAAAAAUGAAAUGACAUCUAGAAAUCCAAGGUGAACAGGGAGGGCUGUGGGCCACCUCCCCUCUGAUGAGAUGUUCUCUCUCCACUGGCUAGUCUGUGAUUUGAUUUUUAAGCCCGAGAGAGCUGGAGGCCCUAGAAGCCAGGACCCUUCAGCUUCUCCAAAUCAAACAUUAGCUGCCAUCGUCCCCACGGCGCCGGCCAAACCCAGGCUAUUUCCCCAGCUGCCCUCCCCCGUCCUAUCCUUCUCCUCAAGGCCUCAGUUCCACUCUCUGUAGUGUCCAACUGGGGCAUCCGGGUACCUGUUCCACCUGCAGUCUAGCCAAGCUCUGAUAAUCAGGAGACCAUCCCUCGGGCUGACGACCACACCUGGGGUCACUUGCUGUGGGCACUUUGCCUUUAGCAGGCCGCCAAGGCCUUGUCACGGCUGUGGUGUGGAUGUGACUGACAUGCCCGGGACCGAAAAACGGAGGUGGCAUUUCCAUUUCUCAGUUCACUGUGGGCCUCAGAAAAACGAGAAGCAGAGAAACACAAGCAAGCCUUUCUAGAAACCUGUAAGUUAAAUGAGACUUCGUGGAGUGGGCCACCAGUGAACAGCGGGGAGCACGCUGAAUGAGCUGAGCGACAGGCCGUUCUGCUGGCCCUGUGACAUCCAGGAGGGCGCUGCACCUCUCUGGGCCUCCAUCCCCUCACCUGUUACAUGAAAGAUUAGGCCAGGAUGGCUUCUAACUUCCCUUUCAGCUUUGACAGUCAGUGAUGCCCAUCUCUCAUCUGAAAAUCUGCAUAGAAAUUGGCAUUGGGGAGGGAGCACAAUCCAGCCAUGAAAAUGCACCAGAAACCCUGCUUUAUUUAGGGAGGGAGGGAAGGAAGCUAGGAUGGAGGGAGAAGUCAUCAGUGAAACACACACACACACACACUUUGCAGGAAGGAUUAUGCCCCAGAGGGGCUGCACUCAUUUUGUCUGCGAAAGCAGAGCCCAGGGACCUGGGUGGCACCGAUACUGCCCAUCUCGCCAAGGGACUGACACAGAGAAACGUUCUGAAUCCUCAUGUCGCCACUUGGGCUGCAGCCAGGAAACGCUGCGGAAACCCCAAUCUGCCUUUUGUUGGAAGCGCCGCACCCUGUGGAGCACUUCUAUAAAUAGUCUCGCAGCACAGUCCUGAUCCAUGUGAAAGAAUCCUAAAGCAAGGAAGGGACUUCAAAGAUUAGCUCACCCACCCUUCAGUCCAAGGAUUUAUAGAUUCCUUUUAUUAAGUAGAGUCAUUUUGUCACGAAUUUUUAUCGUUUUUAAGGCCCAUGGUCAACUUGACUCAGAGCUGCUACCUCCCUCCCUGACUCCUGCUAAUCCUGCUCCCCAAGCAGGUGCUCUUCUGGGGGUGGAUCCUGAGCAGCACCCACAGAGCACCCGGCCUACACCAGCGCGUCCCUCCAGGGACAGGAAGGAGUGUGCACCCUGCCCAGGGGCAGUUUAGCUGGAGACACCCAGGAUGCAUGCGCGCGCGCGCACUCACACACACACACACACAACCCACGGAUGACGGCUACAGACUCACUGCCUAGACCCACGAUCCAGACAGUUCCUCCUGUUCGCAUUUCCCCAUCAGAGAGAGAUCAUUUCCAGCUCAGUAAACUCACGUUCUCCAGGGUUAUUUCUGGAAGGUGCAGGAGGGAAUAGGGAAGACAAAUCUGUGGGAAACUCGUGCUGGUCUUUAGACCAGAUUUAACUGGAGGAGGGAGCUUGCUAAGUGUCACCACCAGGGGGCGAUCACAACCCCAGCCCCUCCUGUAACCCACUGUGAGUCAUCUGGGGGUGAGGACAGCAAGUGCCUCCAGGUUACCAGGAGAACCCACACCAAAGGAAAACCGGCCAACAGAUGAACAGAUUUGUAAAUAAUAACAAUAAUAAUGGCAGCAAAGAAAUGCAGAGAAAACUUCCACAAACAGUUCAAUGCCCCGGACCCUUCACGGCCCCUCUCCUCUUGAAGACGUGAGAGACCUCAUACCUGCUCCUGGCAUCCUGAGAACUGGCCUUCCCAAGACAGACCUGGAGCACCAAGGUUGCCAACGAGCUCAAUGCCAAACCAAACAAUCCCAACCUCAAGUAGACUUUACAGGCCAGUCCCAGGACAGAGCUGUAGAUUCAAGGACAAAAGGUCAUUCAGGGACCUUUUCAAAAAGCUCUUGUCGAAGCACCGGUGAGAAAGGGCUUAGAGUUCCUCUCUGUCCCCUCCUCUGGGGGAAAUGGAACCUGUGAGAACAGCAGGUGCACAAAGCUGAGGGCGCUGACACCCACUAGCUGGUGGCUGGGAAUUGCAAAUACACCUGGGGUUUGAAUUUUUUUUUUUUUUUUUUUUUUUUUUUUUUACCACCCAGGAUUUCAGGAAAGGCAGAGCCCCUGGCUCAGGACAUGUGCUUCUCUGUGGCUUUUUUCUGAUCAGCAGACUCCCAUCCAGUCCAGUUCCUUACUCCCAUUUCUUUGCUCCAAAGGGCGCAUUCGUCUUGCAUCUCACUGUCUGCUCUCAAAACCCUUAAAGGAAUCUCUGGGAGAUGCCAGCUUGAGUUCCAUCCCCCUGAUCUCAUGGGACAAUUUGUUUUCUCUUGCCUCAGGCUUGCCAAAGCUGCGAGAGGGGCCUUGGACCUCAGAGGCUGGGGCGCAACCUGAAGAUGGAAGUCUGCCUCGUGCCCACAGCUCCAGGUUCCGGGAGCUGCUGCCAGCUCUGCCUGGCCACCAAAUAACAAAAAAAAGAGAAGCUGCUGGAUCGUUAGAGACUAAAAGCAAGCCUUCUCCAGAUGGACCCACAGUAAAAAUGCAGAGACCCGGCGUGAAGGGCCAGCAUUAGUUCCCUGCUCUUUGUGCCGCCGCCCCCCGCCCAGCACCCCUGUCUGCUCCCCACUUCACCUGAGAAGGUGGAGGUCCCAGGGGCCUGUCGCUGCACAGAAACUGACUUGCUCCACCCACCCUGCCUGGACCGCACGUUCCUUCCCAAGCAGUCACAAGCCCGAUCUGUCACCUCCAGCUUUUCUGAUUAAUUUUUCGAGGUCACCCUUUGCCUGAAGCAUGACUUCAUUGCACCUGCAGCACUUCAUUGUCCAAAUGUCCUUGGCCAGCCUCUCAGUCUUUGGACAGUGUUGCCUUUUCUCCAAACCGGAAAUCCUCCCUCCUCUCCAAGCUUAAUCGGGCACUUGCAGGACAUCCAAAUAGCACAGCUCUUGUUCCUCAGAAAAACUCUGCCGCCUCUGCUAACUAGUGAAACAGCUCCUCAUUGUCGGCUGUGAGGCUGGGCUGAUGCUGUUUCCAGGUCAGAAGCGUUUAACGCUUUCGGUCUCCCCAGCGGCUCUCCCAGGGGGCCGGGAACCCCUAGGCCACAGAGAGGGUUGGGGUCCAGAGACAUGGCCAGGAGGCAGGUGCACGGAUGAGAACUAUUGGUUUCUGCCCUUCGGUGGUUUCAGAGACCCUGGGCUGCUUCUGAACAUCCUGACAUUGAACACAAACAUGCUCAACACUGCCUCCAACAGGCCAACGCUGGGCAGACUCCCACCUUCAGGUUGCGCCCCAGCCUCUGAGGUCCAAGGCCCCCUCUCGCAGCUUUGGCAAGUCUGAGGCAAGAGAAAACAAAUUGUCCCAUGAGAUCAGGGGGAUGGAACUCAAGUUGGCAUCUCCCAGUCCCCUUCAGCACUGGAGGGGACUGCAUAUCUGACCCCUCUCUCAUUUCACCCCCAGGCCCAGAAAGGUUAGGCGACUGGCUCACAGUUCACAGGGCUGGCUAGUAACAGAGCUGUGAUCAGAUUUGGCAUAAACUUUUUCACUUCCUCUCCCCAAACGAAGGCUGAGAGAAUAGGGAUUCAUGCACACCUGCUGUUUUCCAGACGGGGGAUUAGUGGCUGGACAUGUGUUACUUUGUUCAAUCCUCCCCAGAACCCUGGAUUGGGUUUCACUAUUUUCCAGAUGAGAGAAUGGAGGCACAGACAGGUUAAGUAACUUGCCGGAGGUCACACAGGCAGGAGACUCACUCACUUGCUCACUGGUUUCCCUGUCCCUUCCCCUACCCGCCUCCCCCCCCCCCCCCCCCCCCCCCCCCCCAAGGGUCAGGGAGGAUCGAGGACCAUCAGCUACAACCUCCUCUCUCUCUCUGCCACUUCAGGGACUUGAUAAGGAAACCAAUUCUUGGUAACUUGUAUUUUUAGCUGCUGGCCCCAAACCCCAGAAGUGAACCCUCUCCUCUUAACUGAAUGACCUUCUAGACACAG